ACCACACAGAUGUCGCUAAAAAUGGCAGAGACCGAAAACACCAGAGAGUCGCUUUUCUGAAUCUGCCCCAGCGGUUCGACCCGGUUCAGUCACGAAGGUGUUCCCGGAUCUUUUUUGGACGACAAUGGCGGAGACGUAGAGCGCAACUUUUGGAUUAACCGUGGAGGAACAAGCCGUCUGCUAACUUGGAGGAGAAAACCCAGAGGAAACCAUGAAGAAACAGUUUAAUCGCAUGAGGCAACUUGCCAACCAAACUGUUGGAAGGGCUGAGAAAACUGAGGUGCUGAGUGAUGACCUCCUGCAGAUCGAACGGAGGAUGGAGUUGGUGCGACUGGUGUCGCACAACACGCACAAGAGGCUGGGCUCCUGCCUGCAGGGCCAGCUGGGAACUGACUCGGAGAAGAGACACAAGAAGAUUCCUCUGACAGCGUUGUCCCAGACGAUGCAGGAGGCCGGAGCUCAGCUGGGAGAUGAGAGUCUGAUCGGCAAGAUGAUGGAGGCAUGCGGUGAGGCGGAGAUGAAGCUGGCCACAGAGCUCCUGCAGCACGAGGUCCAGAUCGAGAGAGACAUCCUGGAUCCCUUACACCAGCUGGCAGAGGUCGACAUUCCCAAUAUAUUUAAGCAGAGGAAACAGCUGGCUAAGCUGGUUCUGGAUUAUGACUCGGCCAAAACCAGGUGGUUCCAAGCCUCCAAGUCCAGCAACCAAACGGUGGCAGCCAAGGUGGACUCCCUCAAAGAUGAGAUGGACGAAGCCCUGAACAAAGUAGAAAUCUGCAAAGACCAACUGUCUGCUGAUCUGUACAACUUUGCCUCCAAAGAAGGAGAGUACGCUCGCUACUACGUCAUGCUGUUGGAGGCUCAGGCCGACUAUCACAGGAGGUCUCUGGCAGCUCUGGAGGAAGCGAUCCCCACCAUCCAACUCCAACAAGACUCCUGGACAGAGAAACCGGCGUUCGGAACGUCCCUGGAGGAGCAUCUGCAGAGGAGCAAACGUGAAAUAGCCUUGCCCAUCGAGGCCUGUGUCAUGAUGCUGCUGGAGACGGGGAUGAAGGAGGAGGGAUUGUUCAGAAUUGCAGCCGGAGCUUCUAAGCUAAAGAAGCUGAAGGCCGCGCUGGACUGCUCCACCUCGCAGCUGGAGGAUUUCUACUCAGAUCCACACGCCGUCGCUGGAGCUCUCAAGUCGUACCUGAGGGAGCUUCCUGAGCCUCUGAUGACCUUUGGUCUGUACGAGGAGUGGAACAAGGCCUCCAGUAUCUCCGACUCGGACAAAAGGCUGCAGGCACUAUGGGUGACGUGUGACAGUUUACCUAAAGCUCACAAAGCAAAUCUCAGGUACCUGGUGAAGUUCCUCGCCAAACUGGCGCAGGACAGCGAGGUGAACAAAAUGACGCCCAGCAACAUCGCCAUCGUUCUGGGACCCAAUCUUCUGUGGGCCAAGACCGAAGGGACGCUGGCGGAGAUGGCUGCUGCUACUUCAGUCCACGUGGUCGCCAUCGUGGAGCCCAUCAUCCAGCAUGCUGACUGGUUCUUUCCUGAAGAUAUCGACUUCGAUGUGUCGGGGUUAUUCGCCAUGCCCACGCACCCACCGACCCCGGACCCUGAACUGGGUUUGGAGAAGAAACGCCCUGGGAGCCUGGUGGGGCAGGACGGGGAGUCGCCCCGUAAGGACAGCUACUUUAUCAAAAAGCCGGAGCCGGCGCCGCGUAGGUCCAGCGUGAUAAAUAGAAAGCCGCAGCUUACCUCACCCACCUUCCAGCCCUCCCUCCCCCCUCUGGAACUGGCCUCCGCCGCGGUGUCCGAGUCGCAGCUGCUGUCUCCGUCGGAGGCGGAGCCUUCUGUCCCGGGAGCUGGGGGUGUUGGCGGUCAGGGUGCUGUUAGCUGGGAGGCGCCUCAGUUUGUAACCCAACUCAGCGCAGAUGAGAGCAGUCCAGGCAGGGAGCUCACUUCCACGCCGCCGCCGGCGCAGCGGAACGGUUCUGCUUUUCUGAAUGUAGCCACCCCCUCCCAGGGCGGGUCCAGAGGGGCCAGUCCACACAUGGUCCGGAGAGGAACCAAGAAGCCGGCGCCAGCUCCCCCCAAACAGGCCAGUCCCUUCGCCUCCCAGACGCCCGGCUCGCCUCACCACCCGCCCAUCGCUCCUCGUCGAACCUCGGGCAAAGACAGCCCCAUCCAUGCCCCAAGCCACCCUCCUCCUCAGCCCCCACAGCACUCCCACGCCCAGGGAGAGUCGGACCCCUCACCGCCCAGCACUCCCACUCCACCGGGCACUCCACCUCACGACGGGACUCCGUCGGGCCAGCUUCAGGGAGGCGUGUUCGGGUCGCUCCCUCGGCCCUCCAGGCCCAGCCUAAAGCCGCGGCCUCGGCCUAGCAUGCCGCCGCCCCCGCAGCCGGGAGGCCACGACAACGGGGUCUUCAACUCCUCCUCCAAAAUCAUCACAGAUGGAGCUUCCUUCUUCACUAAGGGGAUCGGACGGGCCUUCAUUCCCGGGCUGGUAGUGGACCAAUCUGGAGAGAGCUCUGCUGGCCAUGAGCCCACUCCCACUCUGUCAGAGGAACCGGACAUGGACAUCGAGAGCACUUGUCUGUGAACCAUUGGGCCCUGAUUCGUCUGACUCUCAAAGCUGCAGACACUUUCCUGCAAUGUAUGCGGGGACUUGAACCAUCGACCUGGGAACAUUUGCCCCGGACCGUUUCUCAUGUAUUUUUUAAGCAGGUUUGAUUUGUAUUUCUCAUGAAACUGUGCUCACCACUGUUGAAAAUAAGCAAAGAAAGAAGCAGUUCAUUCAACUGAAGGUUGAAAUGGAAUGUUUGCAAUUGAAUGACAGUAGUGUCUUCUUUACUGUCAAUUUAAUAAUAAUAAUAAUAUGACAAAUCUGACUACCAAAACUAAAGAGCAAGAUGUGGUGUCACAUGGUGUGUCACUUUGCUUCCAUGAGGUUCGGGGUGUUUUCCAACACUCUUCAUUCAUUUUUCACUAUUUUAUCAAUCUGAAAGGGAAAUGUUUUUCUGGAUACUUAAUAUAAAAAUAAGCCAAAUAAGAGACAAUAAUUUAAGUCGUAUAGAUUUGUAUACAAUCUUCGCUUGUUGGGUUUUAUAUUUUGGGCUUGGACAAUCUUUUAAAUUUGUUUUUUUUCUUGCACAUAUCAAGAUGAACUAUUGUUUUUAUCUUUUAAUAAUAAAAAAAAAAAAAAACAAAGUUUAAGAUGUGUUUUUCUGUCCGCAAAGAGAAGUAUUUGCAUGACAUGUUAGUGGUAGUGAUAAU